GGGGCUUCGUUCCUUAUUUACAGUAGGGUUCCUUAAUUCAGCGGCCCGGCUUUACCACCUUCGCCCACAGGGCUGGUGUGAUUUGAUCGUUGGCUGAGGGGCGCCUUGACACACGCUGGCUCGAGUGUUCGUCCCGAACCUUCUCGGCCCGGCUCGUAGCGGCAAGACAGGGCAGUCGAGCAACAUGGGAUGUGGUAGUGGAGGACUUGGAGCGCAUUCAGUACUACGCAAACUACACCUCCCAGAUGCGCAAAGCCAUCGUUGAGGACGGCAUUGACAUCCGCGGCUACUUCGCAUGGUCGUUCAUGGACAAUUUCGAGUGGGAGCAAGGAUACAUAGAAAGGUUUGGAGUCACGUUCACGGACUACAACAAGGGCGAGGACGCUCGAGGUCCCACCAAGAACAACUUGUCGCAACCCACGGCUGGCAAGCAGGUGCGCAUCCGGAAG